AUGGCGACUGCCAGAUGGAAAAGUCCUAAGAAAAUGGGAUAUCCCCACAUUCUCCCAAAGCUUCCAGCUGCAGCAUCGACAGGCAACAGACAGUAUGCAUCCAUCAGUGCCAAAUUUAAAGGUCCAGGGCCUGGGAAAUACGGCCGGCAGCCUUGUACCGGCAUUAAGGAUCAUGACUUCACCAAGUUUGCCGAACCAGCCUUCACAAUGCGUGUCAGAUCCUCGGAAAGAUUGAUCUCUAUAACGGAGAGCCCCGGUCCCUGUUACUACGUGGACCCUAGCAUUUCUUACUUGGGAAUAUGGAGGCCGAUAUCCUACCGCAUGGCGAAAGAGUCAAAGAGCACAAGUGAGAUACCAACACCAGCUCCAAAUGAGUAUUAUGUGGAGAAAAUACACCCUCUGGAAGAGCCCAAUGCACCAGCGUACACCAUAGGUUUCCGCACACGCUAUUGGGAGAGCAGCCCGUAUCCUGCCCCUAACAGAUACACCCUCCCGGCGACACUAGGACCCCAGUUACCUGUCAAAGAAUCUGCACCCUGCCUCUCCAUGGCUUCCAGAGCUUGCACGUGGGGCCACGCUACAGACCGGGUGAAAGGGCCCGGCCCGGCGAUGCACACCUUGCCCCAUCCGGAUUUUUACCUACACUGCCAACCGUCCUACAGCCUAUCCCAAAGGUUUUCAAAAUCCACCAAGGAGUAUACGCCAGGCCCCCCGCACUACAAUGCAGACCAGGUCACCUUACACAAACCCACAGCUCCACGUUUCAGUCUCGGGAUCCGCCACUCUGAAUACACUCUUGGGACCCCCACGGCCUGUAUAAUCAAAGACUGA